AUGCUAGAUAUAUUCGACAGUUAUUUUCAAGCGGGCCUCACACUCGGUUUUGGGCUGCUGACGGCCGUGUUGCCGCCGCUGCUGCUCGCCGGAUGCGGGAAGAAGAAGAAGACCACCGUCAGCUCCGACCGCAGCGAUCCCUCGUCUAAGAAGACGAAGCGUUCCCAAAAGUCGAGAAUCUCCACUCGCAAGUCCCACUCGUCGGGUCGCGAUCGCAAGUCGAAACACUCCAAACGACCGGAUGGGAAGAGCGGAAAGAGUGGCAAAGAAGCGAAGGAUGGCAAGAGUGGCAAAGAGGCCACAGAUAUCAAGGAUGCCAAGGAUUCCAACUUCCAAAUCCGAGCCCCGAAGCAGAAUGUGAUGGUGGCGACGAAGGAUCCGAACUACCAGACCCUCGCCGGCCUCAACAAUGCCGACGUGUUCAAGGAGAAGCCCGGCUCACAGCCGCCCCCUCCGCCACCGCCAAAGAAGGCCCAGUUCGUCGGCACCUACGAUCCCAACUAUCAGACGUUGGCCGGGAUGAACAACAACGACGUCUUCAAGGAGAAGCCCAACCAGCCGCCGCCACCAUUCACCCCGAACAUUCGGCCACCGGACAGGGCCGGCAUGGUCGGCACGUACGACAAGAACUAUCAGACGCUGGCCGGCCUUAACAACGACGACUGCUUCAAGGAAAAGCAGCCCGUCUUCGCCGCACCUCGCAAACCGGCAGACAAUCAGAAGAUUAUGGGCACCAACGACCCGAACUACCAGACUCUGGCCGGCCUGAACAACAAUGAAGUCUUCAAGGAAAAGUCGCCGCAUCACGCGCCCGCCAAUCAGCCCAAUUUCCUCACCUAC